AGGAAAAGCGGCAAGUGCAAAUGACGUCAUCAGCAGGCGCCUACAAGCCCCAUUAGCGGGAAUUUGACCGUUUGGAACCGGUGGAGGAUCAAAGCGGUGUGUCGCCAUGACGCAGAGGAAAAGACCGUCCAGCACACAGAGCUCCUCUCAGAGAAGACACACCGGCAACUUGGUGGCUCAGGACGAGGAUGAUGACGUGGCCUUCACUCAGCCGAGUACGUCACAGGUGCAGAGAGGGCUGGAGAAGCUCACACCUGCACAGGUCGACCAAAAGACUGCUGAGGUGGUGCAGUACUUCCUGGUGAAGGACCAGAAGAAGAUGCCUGUACGGCGAGCAGACCUGGUGAAACACGUGGUGAAGGACUACCGAAACAUUUACCCCGAGAUCUUAAAGAGGGCGGCGCGGACGUUUGACCAGGUGUUCGGCCUGAAGCUGGUGGAAAUCGACCCUAAAAAUAAAAUGUACAUAUUGGUCAAUAAUUUGGAGACGCCUGACAAAGCCUCGCCGAUCAGGAGCCCGUCCAAUCCAAAGAUGGGUCUGCUGUUAGCGAUCCUCAGCGUCAUUUUCAUGAAAGGCGGUGUCGUCAGAGAGAAUCUGAUCUGGAACACUCUGAAGAAGCUGCGCGUGGACCCGGGAGAGAAGCACGAGGAGUUUGGUGACGUGAGGAAGAUGGUCACAGACGAGUUUGUGCGUCAAAGGUACCUGGAGUACGUGCGGAUCCCCCACACGGAGCCCAUUGAGCACGAGUUUCGCUGGGGUCAGCGCGCCGAUGCAGAGGUGUCGAAAGCCAAAAUCCUGGAGUUCAUGGGUGAACUUCAUGAACAGGACCCCAAGACCUGGACUCAGCAGUACAGAGAGGCCCACUCCCUCCCCAACUCCAGCCAGGCCUCCACCAGCAGCAGCAGCAGCAGCAGUCAGAGAUAACCACGCGACAGCUUCUCCUGCCUUCUUUUUAUUUAUCGUGUGUGACAGAGAAGCUGCACCGGCAGCGUUUUGUUGACUGAUUGUGUUACAGUGUGAAUCCCGGUUAUAUUACAGCCUCGUGUUGGACCCGUGUGAGCCUCUAAUUCAUUUUGAACAUGAGAAAAAAAACAACACAAAUGUCCAGUAUCCAUUUAGAUUUUAUUGCCUGGUUUUUAUCGUAACAGCAGGUUUUUUUUCACGUUUAUAAAAUAAAGUUUUUAUAAUUGAUCCAA